ACACAGACACAAACAUAUCUAGACACACACACCCCAGACGGUUCGCGAUGUCCCGUUGGGCGCUUCCCUGCGCGUUGCUGCUAGUCCUCAUUGAGGCCGGCCGGCCUGCCGCGCCGCCAAACGGGCUGGAGAAAGUCCUGGAGGAUUUCCACGGGCGGAAUCUGGUGCAGGCGGCCUUCCGUGGGGAGGCCGUCCGGGAACUGGUGGAGGAGUUGUUGAUGGGCACCUACGUCGAGUUGGAAGUCGACCUCGUCCAAACGGUUUGCAGGAAACAUCAAUGGAGGAGUCAGAAUUGCCAGAUCAAAGCCGGUGGCAGGAAGCAGAAAUGCCUGGCCUGCUUCAAGUUUGACAUCAGCAACCCCAGGACCCUCAUCAACAAAUCCCUCCGAUGCUUAUCUGAGCACAAUCCCCUCUUACCGGAAAUGAGAAGGCGGCAAGAAGUGGAAUGCCGGGCCAUCAAAUCAGCCAAUGAGGACCAAUACCUGCCCGGAAAGUUCGCCUUUUCUGUCGGACUGCCUUCCUGAUCGUUCCUGCCACACCUAGCCAGAGCUGCGCAGACUCGGCGGACUGGCCUCCAGCGGGUAUCCGCACAUCUCCCCGCUCCGAAAGAAGUCCACCUUCCAGAAGCAUCCAACUCUCGCCUCCCUUUCGAUUCCCUUAAUAAAAUUGCAAGUCGAGUUUUCA